GGAUGAAGUGUGCGGUGAUGGCGCUCUCUCUGGGUCUGACUGCGGUAACUGUGUGUGUGCUGGUGAUGUUCAUCACCUGCUUCAUGUACCGCCCAUUAAGAAAUUACGUGCGGCUCUGGAUCGAAUUGACACCAGUACCGAGUAUCGGAGUUUCUUACCCGUUCAUCGGUAACGCACUGCAGUUCAAAACCAACGCAAGAGAAUUCUUUAAUCAGGUGAUUGAAUUUACGAAUGAGUUUCGAAGCACUCCGUUGAUUAAGGCGUGGCUCGGACCCAUACCCUUUCUCUUCCUCUACCAUGCGGAAAACGUUGAGACGGUACUCAAUAACCCCUUGCACAUGGAUAAGGCUUAUGCUUAUACGUUUUUGCACCCCUGGCUUGGAACUGGAUUGCUGACCAGUACCGGUGAAAAAUGGCGGCACAGAAGGAAGCUCCUCACGCCCACCUUUCACUUCUCCAUCCUGACCGACUUUCUGGAGGUGAUGAACGAACAGGCCGAGAUUCUGGUGGAGAAACUAGAUAAACAGGCCGGGAGAGGACCAUUCGACUGUUUCAGCCAUAUUACACUGUGUGCUCUGGACAUCAUCUGUGAAACAGCAAUGGGGAAGAAGAUCUACGCCCAGAGCAACAGUGACUCCGAGUACGUCCGCAGUGUGUAUCGGAUGAGCGACCUUGUCAGUCGGCGACAGCGGAUGCCCUGGUACUGGCCUGACUUUUUGUAUCGGUGCUUGGGUGAGGGCAAAGAGCACGACCGCUGCCUGAAGAUCCUCCACUCCUUCACAGAGAGUGUCAUCCGUGAGCGGGAGGAGAACGCCUGCUACAUGGAGUCGGACAGCGAAUCAGAACUGGGGACGAAGAAGAGGCAGGCCUUCCUGGACAUGCUGCUUAAGACGCUGGACGAAGACGGAAAUAAACUUAUGCAGAGAGAAAUCCAGGAGGAAGUGGACACUUUUAUGUUUGAAGGUCAUGAUACUACAGCAGCUGCUAUGAACUGGGCCAUCCAUCUACUGGGAUCUCACCCAGAGGUACAGAGAAGAGUUCAGCAGGAGCUGUACGAGGUGUUCGGUGACUCUGACAGGUCAAUCAGUACAGAGGAUCUUAAGAAGUUGCGUUACCUGGAGUGUGUGAUUAAAGAGUCACUGCGUCUUUUCCCAUCAGUACCGUUCUUCGCUCGCAGCAUCUGUGAAGAUACAUACAUUAAUGGGUAUAAAGUACCUAAAGGAGUGAAUGCCAUCAUCAUGCCCUUCGCUCUUCAUCGUGACCCGCGUUUCUUCCCUGAACCUGAGGAGUUUCGACCAGAACGUUUCUUACCCGAGAACACGGGGGGCAGAAACCCUUACUGCUACAUCCCCUUCUCUGCUGGACUACGCAACUGUAUCGGACAGAGGUUUGCUCUGAUGGAGGAGAAGGUGAUCCUGGCAUACACACUGCGCUCCUUUAACAUCGUGGCGUGUCAGAACAGAGAGGAGCUGAGGCCACUGGGAGAACUGAUCCUCCGACCAGAACAUGGGAUCUGGAUCACACUGGAGAGGAGAACAUGCUAACACGUACACAAAGACACGCACACACACACACACAGGUACAAACACACGCGCACACACACACACACACACUGAUGUACAAACAUAAACACACACAGGUACAAACAUACACACACACACAACCAGGUGCAAACAUACACACACACACACCCAAGUACAAACAUAGACAUGUACACACACACACACACAGGUACAAACAUACACACACACACCGUGGUACAAACACACACACACACACACACACAAGUCAAACCUAUAGACACACACAGGUACAAACAAACACAGAUAGAUAGAUAGAUAGAUAGAUAGAUAGAUAGAUAGAUAGAUAGAUAGAUAGAUAGAUAGAUAGAUAGAUGAGAGAUAGAUACUUUAUUGAUCCCGAAGGAAAUUAAAGAAUUUUACACACACACAAUACCAAUAUUUUCCUUUAAAUGAAUGUAAUACAGAGUUUAAAAAAAUUUUACAUAUCGUGUAAUUUUUUCUAUUUAAUUAAUUAAUCAGUUUUUUGUAUAUGAUUUUUAUCAUUUUAUGUAAAGCAAUUUGAAGCAGUUUUGAUUUUGCAAUUAUUAUUACUGAACAAAUAUUAAAUUAAUAAAAUAAAUAUUGUGAUUAUAAUGCA